GUAAUCCCAGGUCAGUCUAUGAUCAUUGGAGAAAGUAUAUUACGACCGUCCAAGUGAAGAGACGUAAACAUUAACUGUUGAACUUGCGUAUUCGUCGCACCUGUUUCAGCACAUUGAAAAUACAUUGGAUACUGACAAUAAGUCGCAUCAUGAAAUUUUUAUUUACGGGCUCGUUUCUGUUCGUCACGUUUGUGGCGAUCACGACCGCUGAAGAAUGGUCAUGGAGCAAAGAUAAGACCCAAACCCCUACCAAACCAGCUGCGGACGUUGCUACUGACCGCGAGAGCAAAUCGAUAGACUCCUAUUCGGAUAUCAACGACGAUGGCAGCCAAGAGAACGGCGCUCCGGUGGCCGGCCUGUCUGCCAACGGAUCGGACACGCAUCCCAGACACCUCAUCAGAGACAGGCUCUGCGGCUUGGGUCUCAUGGAGUGCGAAGACGAAGAACUAGUAGAACCGAAACGCUACAUCGGGCCGCAGGAUUUGAUUUACGCGCAGCCCGUGUCGCUGAAACCGGUCGGCCGUCCCAUCGCGGCCAUACCGGUCAAGUCGACGGGAUCUCAGGUGCCAUCCGUGGGGUACGGUGCACCGCGUCCCGUCCCGUACCCGUCCGGUGGCUCAUCAUUCGGCAGCGGCGGCCCGUCAUAUGGCAACGGUGGCCUACCAUACGGCAACGGUGGCCCACCAUCGUUCGGCAACGGCCCGCCCAUUCGCAACAGGCCCGGACCGAUAUACGGUAACCGGCCGCCACAGGUUUUCGAAUCCGAAGCCGCGGAGUCGUAUAGGCCCAAGCAACCGAUCAUCUCCGGUCCCGUACCGUCCGUCGCUCUGCCCGCCGGUGGCUUGCAGCAACACGUGCAUCACCAUUAUCACCACGGUGACGGUGGUGUGGACGGCAUCAAGGCCGCGUCCUCCGCGGUCGAACCCGGUUUCAGUCCGCUCAGCGGCCCGUUAUACAGCGGUGGUGGCGGCGACGGAUUGUCAUCCCUGUAUGGCCAAGGCAAUCUGAACAGCUACGGUGGCAACUUUGAGAACUACGAGACCCCCGGCGGUCCGCUGUACAAGAAACAACUCAACUUGAAAGCACCGUCAAAUUCCUUGACCGGUCCAUACGCGGGCGAGCGAUACCCGUCUUACGAGACGCCUAGAGCCGAUAACUACGGGUGUUACUGCGUGCCGUACGAUCAGUGUUUGCCACACGAAGUGGCCCGAAAAGAGGACGGUAUCGCGGGCAUUGACCCGAGGAACUUGCAACACGGAAAGACCGACAUCGAAGCCAUCGGUCUGGAUGAAGUGGUCAUCACCGACGGGAACGGCACGAUCGUGUCGCAUCACAAAAAAACCGAUGCCGACGAUAAGGCCAAGGCGCGCAAACGCAGGGACGCACCACAGAGCAAACAAGACGCCGAACCGCGAAAAUUCGGGGGUCUACUCGGGGGCAGUUCAGGAGGUGGCGGAGCUGUGAACGAGGACUCUGACGACACAGGGAGUUCCGGCGUUAAAGUUCGGCCCACGUUCGGAGUAUCUUUUGGACUACCUUCCGGCGGCGGCGGUUCAUAUCCCAUCAGCCCCUACGGUCCUAACCCAUCGGUGAACCCGUAUGGAAACUCGUUGGGGGGUGGUAACGGUCUGAACCUGGGCUUGGUCAGUGUCAACCCGUUGUUGUCGCUGCAGGUCAGCAAAGACGAGUACGGUGAAAAAAUCGUUAAGCCCUGGGUGAAUUUGCACGUGACGCCAAACGCAGGCCUGGUACAUAAGGUUGGCGACAUCGUACAUAAGCUUAAGUCGCCUCACUAUGGCCACGGUUACGGUUACGGCCACGAAUAUCCACCCUCUUACCUUCACCAGCACAACCACUACCACGUGCAACCACCGCCUCCACCACCGCCUUAUCACUACAGCAGCCCUUCGUUUUACGGCUCGUCUAAACCAUUUUACCACUCGAAACCACCGUCGUUCGGUGGCGGUUACGGUGGCGGUUACGCCGGAGGUUAUGAAAGUGGUGGUUAUGGUGGUGGUUACAACAGCGGUAGCUAUGCACCCGAGUAUCACUCGUACAGGGAUGACGAAUACGAUGACCAUGGUGGUUAUGGAGUAGCGGGCCCUGGCGAUUAUUACGGUCAAUCCGAUGAUUACGAUUCCGGUGGCUCGUUCUACAGAAGCUCCAACAUAACCGCCGCUGGGGGUAGUGGUAGCGGCAGUGACCGUGGUAACGGUGGAAAUGAUUACGACCAUAAUGAGCCGUCGUCAUACGGCACGGGUAGUCCGAAAGUAGCUUUCCCCAACGACCGUCAGUCCACGGGGUCCGUUAGAUUCGUAGGCGGCCAACGGCACAAAAGAGAUGUAGACGAGCGCCAGUCAUUUUACUCGGCCAGUGGUCGUUGUGGUCCCAGGCAAGUGUGUUGCAGGCGACCACCGGUGGCACCCGGCCACUUAGGCUCGUCGUCCAACUACGUCAGCAACGGACAGUGCGGCAAAAGGAACACACAUGGCAUCACUGGAAGGAUCAAGACACCGGCAUACGUGGAUGGAGACAGUGAAUUCGGUGAAUACCCUUGGCAAGUAGCUAUUCUCAAGAAAGACCCUCAAGAGAGCGUAUACGUUUGCGGUGGAACUCUGAUUGAUUCACUGCACGUGCUUACGGCCGCUCAUUGCGUGAAAACGUACCAUGAACAAGAUUUGCGCGUCCGCUUGGGCGAAUGGGACGUAAACCAUGACGUGGAAUUCUAUCCAUACGUGGAAACGGACGUGGUCAGCAUGGUCAUACACAGGGAGUUCUACGCCGGCACGUUAUAUAACGACUUGGCCAUACUCCGUAUGGACAAACCCGUCGACUUUGCCCGCAACCCACAUAUUAGCCCAGCUUGCUUACCGGAUGCAUUCUCCGAUUUUACCGGUCAACGGUGUUGGACAACCGGUUGGGGCAAGGAUGCGUUCGGCGAUUAUGGGAAAUACCAAAACAUCCUUAAGGAAGUGGACGUUCCGGUAAUUUCUAAUCGCCAAUGCGAAACACAAUUACAACAAACCCGUCUUGGCUAUGACUUCAAGUUGCACAACGGUUUCUUGUGCGCCGGUGGUGAAGAAGGAAAAGACGCUUGCAAGGGUGACGGUGGCGGUCCACUGGUAUGUGAACGCGCCGGUUCGUGGCACUUGGUCGGAAUCGUCAGCUGGGGAGUAGGAUGCGGUCAGCCCGGCGUGCCCGGGAUCUAUGUUAAAGUGGCUCACUACCUCGACUGGAUCAGACAAAUCACUAACAAAUACUAGAACGACACCUAACUUUUUUUUUAUGUAUAAUUAUUAUUUAUUUUAAAUUUAUUUUUACCGUAUUUUUUCUACAUAUGCAAAACCUAAUAAAAAUAUCGUACGCACGCACUACGUUUGAAUACCAAAAUGCGAGUGAGCGAUUAUAUAUACUUAUAUAUAUAUAUAUAUAUAUUAGGUAUUAUAAUUAGUAAUUAUUUAUUGUUUGUAUGCUGAGAAAUUCCAAGUAUACACGCAGUGUAUAUGCAUGCAUAAUCAUUCAGUAAGUUUGUUUCGGACGAAAUUUGUACUCAACAAGGUUGAGAAGACUGAUAGGCUCUUUUAGAAUACUAAAUCUAAAAUACUUAAAUUCUCGAAAAAUAGAAUUCCGUUUUGUUCGAACACUUCGAUACUCGUUAGUGUUUCCCUUACAAUUUUUUACUAUUCUCUUAGAUUGUUAUUAACAAUGAUUUUUUCCAAACAUAAUGUUAAUAUAAUGUCAUGACUUCAACAUUUAAAUCUAUGUAUAAUUAUUGUGCCACAGAGGUAGAGUAAGUAAUGAUAUAUUUUAGUACUGUAUAUGUGUACCCUUUUUUGCAUUAAAAAUCUACCAGCAAUGUUAUUAAGUUUGCAUUUUUUAACGUAUAAUUAUUAUUAUAUAUUAUGAUUGUAUAAAGAUAAUUCAUUGUACAACAAAUACAAAUAUGUCACCCAUUCCGGUAUUUGUAAAUAAAAAAACUGUACUUUGUUAAAAAUAAGCA